UUGAUCUACGACAGAAUCAUAGAUUUCAUAGAUAACCUUAGAAAAUAAUUAAAAUGGGAAAGAAAAGAAAAUUAAAAAAUAAAGAAGAUGAUAACGAGUUUGAUCCUGUUCCUAAACAUUUUGUUACAGGACAUAUUAAAAAUCAGGAAAAACGUUUAAUAGUUAUUUUAGAAGAAGCACAGCUUGAAAGUGUGAAGGUAGGAAAUUCGUUUGAUUUACUUAAUUGUGACGACCAUGCCAAUUUUCUAAAAAAAUCUAACAGAGAUCCUGGUUCAUGUCGUCCUGAUAUUGUGCACCAAUGUCUCCUCAUGUUGUUGGACAGUCCCCUCAACAGAGCUGCCCUAUUACAAGUUUAUGUUCACACAAAUCAUAAUAUUCUUAUAGAAAUCAACCCUCAGACAAGAAUUCCACGAACCUUUAAACGAUUUGCAGGAUUAAUGGUUCAGUUAUUGCACAAGUUCUCAGUUAGAGCAAGUGAUGGAAACAUGAAGCUUUUAAAGGUGAUUAAAAACCCUGUCACAGAUCAUUUACCUGUUGGAGUUAAAAAGAUUUGUAUGUCGUUCUCUUCUAAUAAAGUUGUGAAUCCAAGAGAAUUGGUUCCUCAAACAGAAGACCCUGUUGUUGUGGUGGUAGGUGCAAUGGCCCAUGGAAAAUUAGAAAUUGAUUAUACUGAAGAAACUGUAGCUAUCAGCAAUUAUCCACUAUCAGCUGCCUUAACAUGCACAAAACUCUGUUCUGCAUUUGAAGAAGCGUGGGGAGUGUUGUAAUUUAUUUAGGUAUAAAGAUGUAAUAUUAAGUUGUGCAUAUGACAGUCUUGUAAAAAGUUCUGUUGUUCAAUAUAAGAUUUGAUAGAAA